ACACUCUCACCUGCGCUGCAGGAAGAAAGUAAAAAGCGCUAUAUAGAAUCGAAUCGUCCCCCCACCACACACACACACACACUACACUCGACUCUCUCGCGCGCGGCGAUGGCACCUAUACAUAUAAAGUCGCCGCGUGUGCAGACACGCUAUCAGUCGCGGAGAGGAGACGAGCGCGUUUCACUUUCUAAAAUUCCCUCGAGCCCGAGAGUGCGCGGACUGGCCGAUGACUCGGCAUUAAGUGAUCGGACACGACACGAGGUGCGCGUAUACACACACACACACACACGCAGUGCAUCAGGAGCGUUUAUACGAGUGAGAGGAGAACAACAUCGAGAUCUUCGCCGGCUCGCGGAAGGUGAAAACGACUUGCGGCGCGCUCUGCGCGCGUCCGAUGUUAUAUCACCGGCAGAAAGAGCCAGGGAGAUGGCGGUCAGUGUCUUCUCGUUUCUACUACUAGCCAUUGUUCUGCUGCAGAACUGCGGCGAUGCGACGGCCCAGAAUAACCAGAAAAAAACCUGGAAUGAUCUCUUCAACAGCACCUCCUGCGCGAGACCGCCGUACACGUGUCCCUACCCGCAGAUCCAGUUCUUCUUGUAUACAAGAGAGACUCAGCAGAAUCCGCACCAGCUCGACGUGCUGAAGAAGAGCUCGUUGACCAACUCGCACUUCGACCCGAAAAAUCCGACGAAGAUCAUCAUUCACGGCUUCGGCGGAGGCAGAAACCUGGCGCCCAGUACUGAUCUUCGCAAAGCGUAUUUCACGCGAGGCGAUUACAAUAUUAUAAUCGUCGAUUACGGCUCUUUGGUACGGGAGCCCUGCCUCUCGCAAAUUCAAUGGGGACCAGAUUUCUGUUCACGAUGUAUUGCUCAGUUGGUAAGGUACCUGAGGGACCAUCCGCGGGGCACGCGGGUCGAGAGCAUCCACGUAUUGGGCUACAGCGUAGGUGCUCACAUCGCCGGGCUCAUCGCCAAUUACCUGCCCGAUGACAAACUGGGCAGGAUCACCGGGCUGGAUCCUACUAUAUUUUUCUAUAUGAAUGGAAACCGCUCGAGAGACUUGGACGAGACAGACGCUCACUUUGUCGAUGUGAUCCACACGGGGGCGGGCAUCCUGGGCCAGUGGGGCCCAAACGGACAUGCGGACUUCUAUGUGAACGGCGGAUCGAGUCAGCCCGGAUGCGCGACCGCCUCGCUUCUUCAAACGCUGUCCUGCGACCACACGAAGGUGACGCCCUACUACAUCGAGUCGAUAACGACGAAGGUCGGCUUCUGGGCAGCGCCGUGCGCCAACCUGUUCUCUUACCUGAUCGGCUGGUGCAACCCCUCGGAGGACGAGUACGUGCCGAUGGGAGAGGAUACCCCUCAUACAGCAAGAGGCAUCUUCUAUCUAUCAACAAACGCACACAAACCGUACGCCCGAGGACUUCCCGUAAGAAAACAGCCACAGACAAAUCCGAAGCGAUCGUCCUACCGCCAGUAUUAAGCCUGCUGAAGCAACUGAUCAACAUUAUCAUAGAGUAGCCGAUUUCUUAUACUUCAUAAUUUUCACGCUUAGCUAUAGUUAUAGUCUGCACAGUCCUAAGUAGACAAUAAUUGCGUAACACACGCGUUGUACUACUACACAGCUCUUAUAUUGUCGAGCGCGAAUACUUAUGCGUUGACACGUAUUUCGGCCAAGCCGAUGUCGCGCCUGUAGAGACGUGUGAACGGUUGUAGCUUAUUUUUCCUUUUGGACACACUACCGUAGCGGGAGAGAAGAAAACGUUUGUUAGAUUACCUUGUGCGUUGCAUUAGUUGUUCGAUAGAGAGAGACUAGUUUAUAUAUUUUUUUACACACACGUUUUAGCUCUAAGUCUCGUUAUAUUAUGUAGCAUAUUCUAUUCUAUCGUGUGACUUUGUAUUUAAUUCAAGUUAUGUGCGGUAGUUUGAUCAAGUAGUAUUGAGAGAUAGAGUUGACGAUUAUAUAUUUAAGUUACAAAUAUGCAAGGAAAAAAAAUCAAAAUGAAAAUCAAAGAGCGAGAGUUUUUUUCUUUUGUAAAAAAAGAAUCGUUUGUAAAUUUUGUAAAUAAAUUCUAGUUUCUAUACGACACAUAUUAUCACAAAA